CAGGAUCGUCUGCAAUCCACGAAUAACACGAUUCUGGUAGCGUGUACUCCGGUGUCAUGUUUACCAGUAUGUUCACUGCGUGAUAUAGGCUCUGAACGAAAACUUGGCGGAAUCUGUCCACCGCGCCAGUGCUGUAGAGGAGCGCGAACGCUCAUUGCAAAGUAGACUGGAUGACGCCAUCGUUGCCAUGGCCGCCGAACGGGACUUGGUUGGCAGCCUUCGGAAGGAACUUUUAGACUGCCAGAUAGACCUUUCCCGACAGCAGGGAAUUCAACAAGCCACAGAACAGAUUGCAGAACAACGCGCUCGCGAUGCUGAGCGACAAAUCAAAGAGCUGAACUCUAAAACAGACUCCCAGCGCGGCGAGCUGGGUGAGAAGCAACAAGUCAUAUCCGAACUGACCCAGCGCCUGGUUAUUGCCGAAACUCCCUCUGAUCUGCACGAACAAGAGCUCCUUGCUCUGAAAACGCGCCUUCGCGAACUUGAACAAUCCGAAACGCAACUUCUCCAAAGAUCGACGAACAUUACCGUCCGCCAUGAACAGAAUGAUCUGAAUGACAACGAGUGGAUGUUGGUCCAGAACCUGGCCCAAAAAGCCAGAGAAGUCUUUGAGCGCGACUUAGUGGAAAAGAAUAAUGAUAUUCGAAGGAGAGACAACCUCAUCAAGCAACACGAAGCUCGUAUCAUGCAAUUAGAAGCAAGUCUAGCCCGUCGCAUUAGGGAAGUUGCACAAGUCGGAAGCUCAAAGGGCGAUAAGCAAGAUGAAACUUUCUGGAAUGAGCCCCCAUCUGGACUCGGGGACCAACAAAAUUCCGGUGUGCAUAAGGCAACGAACCAUUCAGUUGUCAAAGAACCACGACGUGCCGACCGGAUUCCACUCGAAACGUUAGCGCCCGGUGAUUCUGAUAUUAGAGAUUAUGACGACGAGAAGGACCUCGCAAUGCGGCAAGGGAAGCGAACGAUCUCUCUCGAUGAAGAAGAGCCGACAAGACCAGCAAGGCGGCCGAAAAAUUCAAAAUAUCCGGAAAUGGAGAAGACUACAGACCAGGCCCCAGGUCCAUCAAAGAAGAAGACGAACAAACGACAAAUUCGGUAGCCAGCAGGGAUGCCCUUGUUUACGAUUCAACGAACUUGUCUGGGGUGGUCCAGUGUAUGUCGAGUGUUUCAGCGUCGUUAUUGUGUACCAGUAGUAUUUCUCUUUUUCGGCUUCAAGGCCGUGGAAUUGUUCACAACCUUCUCGCGCAU